AGGAAAAUGUUGCCCAUGUGUAAUGCUCUAAAAAUUGCCUUGAUGAACGCUACAUAAAAAGCAUUCAUUGUUGGUCGGGCUUCUGACAGUAUGCAUGUUCAUUCAAGUGAGCAUGAUGCUGGUCCAUUGGAUAAAGUCCAACAAAGCUCAAACUUUAUGCCGAUAGCAACCGAAUAUAUCUCCCCUCACUCACUGCCACCUGAUACCACAAGUCAGAAUUCGGUGGUUGUGAGAGCAAUAAAGCGCAAGAGUAUGACAUUUGAGUUUCUACCAUGGCAUAGAGAAGUGACACAGGGUUCUCAAAGGCCUCAGAACAUCAGUGUGGCAGAAGUAGAAUGGGAUCAUGCAGCAAAUCGAUUGAUUGAGAAGGUUGAGGAUGAACCACAAAUCAUUGAAGAUUGGCCACCAGUGCCUAGGUCAAAAAGAAGGCUUGUUAUGACAACACAACUUUUGCAGCAACUACUUCGUGCUCCUCCAAGGGUAAUGCUUUCUGCAUAUGCCAGCAAAAACUAUGAGACUCUGUCGUAUUUUUUUUCCAGAUCAGUCUUAGGAGAUGUAUGUAGCACGGCAUAUAUACCUGAAAGUGACACAGCUGUCCCCCCUUUCAAUGGAAGCAUUCUCUCUGAAAAGCAGAGGGACCAGAGAAAUCAAUCCCUCUCGAAGGCUGCAGAAGAGUUUAUCAGCAGAGCAAAGAUGCUUGAAGAUAGUUUACAGAGCAGUCUGGUCAAGAAAGCCUCAAUCUUAGACUUAAGACUGGAAUAUCAGGAUCAAGAGAAGGUGUCAGUCAUCACUCGCUUUUCCAAGUUCCAUAGCAUGGGGCAAGCAGAUGAGGUUCGCAAAUUCUUUGGCCAAAGAUACGUUAUCGCACUACCGAUGCCUAGGAAUCUCCCUGAUAGGGUACACUGUCUCUCACUUUGAUCAUAAGCUGAUUGAUUUUUCCCCUUACUGCCAUUCUUAUCCAACCUCAUGCUUCUCUUCUAUGUUCCAAUUUCUUUUGUUCAGAAUUGAAGCACACAAAUGAAAAGGUAUGAUAAAAGGCAUUUAGAUGUUAACAACACAUUGACAUUGCAGGUAUUGAUAUUGUUCAAUUCCUGAGAUACUAGUCUUCUUACUGAUCGG